AUGGUAGCAAAUGCCAAUCACCUGUCCGAUAUGAGGCAGAUUAAGUUCUACAGAACACUUCAGAUCGUGUGGCAGGCUUUUCUUUUGUACCAAUUUGCCAGAGUAGUUCUCGCCCAGACAGACCCCCGCUGCUUUGGAGAUGCCACUUUCAGAGCUCCGGCUAACACGGACAUUGAAGUGACCUGCGGCUCCGAGAGAGUGGGUCUGGCCAUUCUCCUUUGUCCCAUUCAGUUUAACGGAUAUAACGAGUCCCUGAUGGCUCUGAACUCAAAGCACUCCAACCCCAAGUGUCAAGGCAUGGCCGAUUGGAGCUCCAGUCCUCCAAAGCUCAGGUUCAACAUCACCAUCAAUGAAGACGCCAUCGCUGAGUGCGGCAGCAGCUUAGCAAUCUCUCACGAGGCUGGGACUGGGCAUUUUCAAGACUUCUCCACAGUGCAGUUCAUUAACAUCUCAGGUUCGAUCUGUUCCCACGACCCCACCAACGGAGCCAUCACGUACCACCAGGAGGUCAUGUACAUGUUCUCCUGCCGCUAUCCCCUGCAGUACCUGGUCAACAACACAGAGAUGAAUGUAGAAGGGGUCUCACUGGCAGUUAAAGACACUAAUGGGAGUUUCAUCAGCACUUUAAGCAUGCAACUGUAUUCGGACAACACGUACACAGAAAGCCUGUCGAUGCCACUGGAACUAAAAACAAGAAUUUUUGUUGAAGUCAAAGCCUCCAAUCUGACAAACAGGUUCCAUGUUUUUCUUGCUCGAUGCUACACCACAGCAUCACCUUUCUUCUCCACAACUACAUUUUACGACCUCUUUGUUGGGUGUCACCGUGAUGUUCAGACCGUGAUGGACACCAAUGGAGAGAAGCAGGUGGCUCGUUUCUCCUUCGAGGCGUUUCGUUUUAUCAAAGACACAAAUACGACCAUCUCCACCUACUACGUGCACUGUGCCACCCGCCUCUGUGUGGACUCGGUCUGCCCCACCCUCAUACAGAACUGCACAUCGAAGAGGAGGCGUAGGGCGAGUGAGCCGGACACUUCAGUGAGCGAUUUAGCCACAGUAACCUCCCGGCCAAUCACCAUCCACAUAGACAAUGGUAGGGCUAUCUGCUCACUGAUGAACAAGAACCAGCUCAUAAUAACAAAAGCCAUACACUUUAUAUCUGAAUGUGCUGGCAGCAUUGUGGGCUACGUACUAAGACCGGCGCGGUUUACCGUCAGUGUCCGCUCUUUCAAAGCGGUCAUAAGUUUCGGAGGAGGUGCAUCUGACAAAACAGUGGUUGCCGUGUCGGUCAUCGCUGGCAUCAUUGGCGCCGUCUGUGUAACCCUCGUGGCAUUUAUCGUCUACAACAAUUACUAUGCCAAAAGGGUGCCAGGACUGGGCAAGACUAUAAUGUACCCACGGGACUGA